UGUGACUAUUGGCGCAAACAAGGCGUACGGACAGCGAGUGUCAGUCUAUGGACACGACUCACGAAACAGUGGUUCGAUUGGGAACGGGAUCUCUACGUCCGUAACGGCAAGUGUUUCGGUGUCUAUGAGUUGGGAAAACCGGNACUCACGAAACAGUGGUUCGAUUGGGAACGGGAUCUCUACGUCCGUAACGGCAAGUGUUUCGGUGUCUAUGAGUUGGGAAAACCGGUUCUCUAUCUCUCGGAUCCGGAACUCAUUCGCGAGGUUUUGGUCAAAGACUUCCAUAUAUUCACCAAUAGAAGGAAGUUCAUUACAAAUGACCCAAUGUUUGACAAAAUGGUUGGCAGUGCGCGGGACUCGGAGUGGAAACGGCUUCGCACAGUAAUGUCGCCCACAUUUACGACCGGAAAACUCAAACGAAUGACUCCUUUAAUCCUUGAAUGUGUGGACACUAUGAACGACAACAUCGACAAAAUCAUUGCCAAAAGUAAUGGCAAACUCUCGGCACCGGUAGACAUGAAACGAAUUACCGGAGCCUAUGCUAUGGAGGUUGUAAUACAAGUGGCUUUCGGCCGGAAAGUGUCGGCUCUCAUUGAACCGAAUAACCCUAUCAUAGAAAAUGCCCCCCCAAAUGUGGCAAAAACUUUUAAAAUAUCACCGUUUGAUAGAAAAGUUACGCAAUUUUUCCGCGACUUUUCCCUCACUUUAAUCGACGAUAGGAAACGUGGUUUAGAGACCGGAAGUCCUGUAAAAAGGGCUGACUUUUUGCAAUUACUGUUGGAUUCAAUGAAAAAUAAUAAUCAAGCUAUCGAUGUGUCCGAUGAAUAUACGGAUAGUAAGAGUUCAGAGAAAUAUCGGGAAAUACAACCGACGGAUGAUAUGACCGAUAAAAGUCUCACAAACGAUGAGCUUAUAUCCCAAUGUGUGCUGUUUUUAAUAGCCGGGUAUGAGACCUCUGCCACCACCCUGGCCAUGUGUUUGUAUAGUAUCGCUAAACACCCGGAUGUACAGCAAAAACUAUACGAAGAAAUCACGAAAUUUAUGGAGCAGCAAUCAAGUGCCGAUCCGUACGAAGCGUUUUUCACAUUGAAAUAUAUGGACGCAGUCAUCGACGAAACCCUACGGCUAUACCCUUCGGCCAUAUUCCUUGAGAGGGCCCCCAAUGAGGACUACGAGCUUAAAGGCCCUGGUAUUACCAUCAAAAAGGAUCACGUGGUGCACAUCCCAACCUACGCCAUACACAGAGACCCGGAUAACUUUGUCGAUCCAGAGGAUCACGUGGUGCACAUCCCAACCUACGCCAUACACAGAGACCCGGAUAACUUUGUCGAUCCAGAGGUGUUUAGACCGGAGAGGUUUUUAUCGGAAAACAUAGCCCACAAUCCCUAUACGUAUUUACCAUUUGGUGCCGGCCCUCGAAAUUGUCUGGGCAUGAGAUUAGCUCAGUUGGAGAUUAAAUUAGCCCUGGUCAAUCUUGUUAGUCGAUAUGUUUUUUCCGCUACAGAGAAACCCUUGGAAUUAGGUGUGUCCACUGGUAUCAUGAAACCCAAAUCUGUUGAUUUAAGGAUUAGCGUACGGACAACGAGUGUCAGUCUAUGGACACGAUUCACGAAAAAGAUGUUUGAAUGGGAACGGGAUCUCUACGUCCGUAACGGCAAGUGUUUCGGUGUCUAUGAGUUGGGAAAACCGGUUCUCUAUCUCUCGGAUCCGGAACUCAUUCGCGAGGUUUUGGUUAAGGAUUUUCAUAUAUUCACUAAUAGACGGAGGGUUUACCUGUACUCUGACCCGCACGGGCACUCACCUAACCGAGGAUUGAGGUCCACCCACCGGAGCGCCAGUUCGCCGGCUGCCGAACACUCGUUGCCGAAGGGGCUCUUUACCAAUACUUUGGGG